UACUUCAUGAUUCAAACAUUGCACAUCAAUAUGCCAGCUGCCUUGCCCUUUCCUUAGAUGCUCUUUUUUGGGUCUUCUGUCCACAGGAGCUAUUUGGAAGGCAGUCUUCUGGCAAGUGGUGCCUUAAUGGGAGCAGAAGAACUCAGCAGAUAUUUUCCUGAUCGGAAUAUGGGAAUCUUUGUGGCCACCUGGAACAUGCAGGGACAGAAGGAACUUCCAGUGAAUCUGGAUGACUUCUUAUUGCCAACAGAUCCAGACUUUGCCCAGGACAUGUAUGUCAUUGGGGUUCAAGAAGGCUGUCCAGACAGAAGAGAGUGGGAGAUCCGCCUGCAGGAGACGCUGGGCCCCCACUACGUCCUGCUGCACUCGGCUGCUCACGGAGUGCUCUACAUGUCCGUGUUCAUCCGCAGGGACCUCAUCUGGUUCUGCUCGGGUGUGUGGGGAGCUGAAGGCACUGCUGCCAGCCUGUGCCCUGCCCUUUUCUCUAAAUCCCAUUUCUUCUGGUGCUAA